UUGCACUUUAAUGAUAAACUGUCCACUUUUUAAGUCUUUUCAGGUGACUUUUUGAAUUUUCACCUCAUGGGCACCUCUGGUGGACUACAUUUCAUAGAAAAUAUUUAUGUUAAAGCUUUCCCCGGUAGUGCAAGUGACUCACAAAACUAAAGGAGACGCCAGGAAAAGCCCCGUUUCCCCGUGAGCCUCGUCAAUUUAUACAGCUCUCGUUUUCAUCCUAGCUAACUGUGUAGCUAUUUGGAAUGUUUUACAAUAUAUAUCAUGCCCUGUAGACUUGCUUAUUAACUGAGGUGUUCGAUAGACUUGAUUCUCUGGCAGCCUGGAAUAAUUUAAUCUUGGAAACGACGACAGUUCAUUUCAGAUUGACUUCUAUCUGUUGCCGACAUGGAUAACAGCAAACAGAAUGAAGGAUGUACAGACACCUCUACGCUAGUAUCGGAUGAUGGGAAAAAUGCGAAAUCAGUGCUGUGUCAACGCUGUGGUUCCAAAGUGCUUUGUCCAGGAAUGGCACAAUUUUCAGAAAAGGAGCUUUUUUUACCCUCAAUGAGGAAAAAGUCCACAAUCAGCCAGUCAGAAGGCUCAUUGGAUGGGGACACAUUAACCGCUCACUGGCUGGUGGAUGACAUGUUCAACUUUGAGAACGUGGGCUUCACCAAAGAUGUUGGCAAAGUAAAAUACCUCAUCUGUGCAGAUUGUGAGAUUGGGCCCAUUGGUUGGCACUGCCUUGACGACAAGACGAGCUUCUAUGUGGCGCUAGAGAGGGUUAACCAUGCCUAAUCUCUGGAUGUUAGUAAGAGAUUAGGUGUUUCUGUGAUAAAUUGCACCUGAUUUGAUCAGCAUGUUCAGUCUUGCUGGUCCAGGCUAUAUCUUUAAGUCAGUUCAGUCACACAACAACGUUACGUGUGCUGCUCCAGAGCUUGAUUUUCCAAAUAAAAAAGAAGAAUAUGUUUCUUUUGUAGUUACUGUUAGGUAUACUUUUUUCUUAUUACUGUAAAAUGUCUGAUAUUGUUCAGUUGUAUAAGUCAAUUACACUUACAUUCCUUCAAUUUUUAACGACUAUUUUCAGUUUGUCAUGUAGACCAUUAUAUAGAAUAUUUGUGAACAUUGCCUGCAGCAAAACACAAAUCUCUACCACUCGCCCCCUCCCCAAGCUUGUUCUGAGAGUUUCUCACAACAAAUUAGCUCUUGUGUAUGCAGUGGAGAAGUAAUGUUAAACGUAUGAGGUAAGGAGA